UAUUUAGAUGAUUGAAUAUGUCACCGAUAACCAAAACAAAAACAAAAUUAUUUCAUUUCGUUGGAUAACAUCCUAAAUAAAUGGAAGUGUAACGAUCAAAAAAUGGAUUCAUUCCCGAACGAUUCCUUCGACGAGGCAUUGCAAGAUUUCGACAUUCCAUCUGAAGCAAAAAUUGCAAAAUUGUCUCAAACAUCUAAAACGAACGAGCAAUCAACCGCCAGCACCACCGGAUCCGUGACCAGUGAAUCACCAAGCAAAAAGAAAGUAGUCAGCACAGCUAGCCAUGCCAUCUUAGUGAAUCCGAAGCAAAGAGGUAAUCCUCUCCUGAAAUCGAUUACAAAUGCGGUCUGGGAAUUUGAAGACAUCGUGCCGGAUUAUGUGGUCGGUAGAACAGCAUGCAUUUUGUUUCUUUCGCUGAAAUAUCAUAAUUUGAAUCCGGAUUACAUUCACAAUCGACUGAAGUCGCUGGGAAAAAUGUUUGAAUUGAGAGUACUUCUCGUCCAAGUCGAUACCAAGGAUCCUCACAAUGCACUUAAACAUUUGACAAGAAUAUGCUUUCUGGCUGACCUGACCCUGAUGCUAGCUUGGAACGCCGAAGAGGCAGGGAAAAUGGUUGAAACUUAUAAACUGUUCGAAAAUCGGCCACCCGAUUUGAUUAUGGAACGAACGGAACAAUAUCCACACCAAAAGCUUGUUGGCGCAUUGAGCAACAUCAAACCGGUGAAUAAGAGCGACGCAAUGACAUUAUUGCAGACAUACGGGAGUUUAGCGAAUUUAAUAAACAGCUCCGAAGAUCGCUUGUCGCAAUGUUCGGGUUUGGGACCACGAAAGGCGAAAAAGCUGUACGCAGCCUUCAACGAACCGUUUUUGAAGAAAUGAGUUAGAUGUUUAAAACGUUAAUGGAUGUGAAUGAGUUUUCGAUUUUUUUUUUUUGUUAAUUUCGUCCGGUGAUCUCAUCGAUCUCAGCGAAUAUCGGAAAAAUAUAUUUGUUAAGGCCUUGAGUAGUUUAAGUGGAAUAAUUCAUUGUGAAUGGAAUUGUUGAGUAAAUAUUUUCUGC